GAGAACAUGCUUCUCACAAAGGAUCUCCUUCAUCCCUCUCUGGAAGAGAAGAAGAAACACAAGAAGAAGCGCCUGGUGCAGAGCCCCAGUUCCUACUUCAUGGAUGUGAAAUGUCCAGGAUGCUAUAAAAUCACCACCAUCUUUAGCCAUGCACAAACAGUAGUUUUGUGUGUUGGCUGCUCCACUCUCCUCUGCCAGCCUACAGGAGGAAAAGCAAGGCUUACAGAAGGAUGCUCCUUUAGAUGGAAGCAGUAUUAA